CUUCUGCUCGCUCGCAUCUCUCCCGGCGCACCGCCAGCCACACACCCGGUGAUCAACCAUUGGAGGUUCCUGUCUGACAAGCACGCAACCCCGUUCCUUGUCGCGCCCUCUGUCCAAUCUUUUACUCCUUCAGUCUGAAGUUCUGAACCCCCAAAUCUCUUGGCACACAACAUGUCUCGACUCAGUCAGGCCCCCCUCCUGGCCGCUGCCCUGCCUUUGGCGUACGCUCAGACCAUUGUGGAUGACGAUGCAGUAAUCGAAGCUAACAAGUCCACAGUGGCCCCAGCUGCUGAGCCCGUUGUCGUUGCCACUUCCACCGACCUCUUGAAGGAAGAGAGCGUCCAGCUGACGGACGCCGUUCUGGACAACCUCACGGACCUCUCCCUCUCCAACAUCUCCCUCUUUGACUUUGACACCACUGCCGCCGGGGAGAAGCGUUCUGGAACAGCCCGCACAUUCAACAAGUGCAAGACGUACCCUGGAGACCUGCUCUGGCCGAACAAGGCAGUAUGGAGUGUCUUCAGCCUCCUGACUGGAUUUGCUGUCAGCGAGACGGUGCCUAUCGGCGCUUCUUGCUUUGAUGACUUUGGCAAUUAUGAUGCCACUCGUUGCGAGUACAUCACCAACCAGUGGACUAACUCUACGAUCCAUGCCGAGGACCCGACCUCAGUCAUGAGCCCUCUGUACCAGGGCCUGACUUGCAUGCCGCCCUCAGUCGACAACAGCUCCGCCGGCACCUGCACCGUUGGCGGCUUCCCCUCGUAUGUCGUCAAGACUACGAAUGUUGCGCAGAUCCAGCUCGCUGUCAACUUUGCCCGCAACCUUAACAUUCGCCUCGUGGUCAAGAACACCGGCCAUGACUUCAAUGGUCGCUCCUCUGGAUCCGGUGCUCUCUCCAUCUGGACCCACCGCCUCAAGAGCAUCAACUUCUAUCAGACCUACCCCACCUCGUCUUACUCUGGUCCCGCCAUCAAGGUCGGUGCCGGUGUACAGGGCUUCGAGCUGUAUGAGGCGGCUGAGAAGUACGGUGUCACUGCCGUCGGAGGCGAGGGUAUGACUGUCGGCUAUGCUGGAGGCUACCUCGCUGGUGGUGGUCACUCACCGCUGUCGCCCAAGUACGGCAUUGCUGCCGAUUCUGUCUUGAGCAUCGAUGUCGUUACUCCCGAUGGACGUUUCGUUACUGCUAACGAGAAGCAGAACACCGAGCUGUUCUGGGCUCUUCGUGGUGGUGGUGGAAGCACGUAUGGUGUUGUCACCUCAUAUGUCGUCAAGGUCUACCCCAAGAUCGACACCAUCGCCGUCAUGACCUUCAGCUUCGGCACCAGCGAUACCGUUAGCCACGAAGCUUUCUGGGCAGGCUUCGCCCCCAAUAUGACUCUCGUCCAACUCAAGGAGCUCACUGCCCCGCUAUUCGCCAAGUGGACGGAGCUCGGCAUCACCGUCGAACCCGUCUACACUGAGCACAAGAGCUUCCUCCCCGCCUGGAAGGCCGGGUUCCCCAAGGAGUCCGUCGGCGGCACGGCCGCCAAGACGGCGUGCCGUCUCUUCCCCACGGACAACUUCUCCGACGCCACCAAGUUCAACGCUACCUUUGAGACCCUCAAGGGUCUCAGCGAUAAGGGCGGCCAGAUUAUCGGCUUCGGUAUCACCGGCGGCCCCGGCCCUUACCCCGAUAACGCUGUCAACCCGGCGUGGCGUGGCUCUGCCAUGUUUGCCAUUUCCGUCAUGGGCUGGGACAAGUCGAAGCUGUUGACCAACGAGUGGAUGCAGCCUUGGCGGGACGUUACUCCUGGCGGUGGCGGAUAUGCCAGCGAGGGUGACGUGACUGAGCCUGACUACCAGCAGUCUUUCUACAGGACCGAGAAGUAUGCUCGUCUGCUCGCAUUCAAGCAGAAGAUUGAUCCCACCGGUGUCUUCUAUGCCAACUUGGGUGUGGGCAGCGAGAGUUGGUACAUCACACGCCAGCUUGACGGCUUCUCGACCCAAAAUGGCCGUUUGUGCCGAGUUUGA